GUCGUCAGUCGAGAGUUGGCGAGUGUGUUUCCUCGAUCGUGAGGACGGAUGGCCGCGGUGUGUACGCUACUAGGAGGCCAAGAGAUGAGAGCUUGACCAAAUUUGCACGGGGGGUAAAUAGCGCGUUUACCCUGCGGGAAAGAGCGCUCAGCCAAUACUGUAAAUAAAAUAGUGCUGGGCGAAAAUAAAUAAUAAAGUUUAUAUUAAAUAGUGACACGAGCAAGAUAAAUUCGGGGGGAGUGUGAAAAAGAAGCCAAAAACGUGUGAAAGUGUGUGAAGUAACGGAGAAAGGAGCCAGAAUAAAAAAUAAAAUGUGCGUUGUUGGGGUGCGCGAGGUUAUCGAAAAGUGGCGAAAAUAGUGUGACAGGAAUACGCGACAUUAAUACUGAACAAAAGUAUAUUUCAACCGUUACUCUUGAUACAAAAAACAAACUAAAACAACAACAGUCGGGUUCAAAAUUCAUCGAGCAAGACAUCCCGUGGUAAUACGAGCUGGAUUUGGACAGCGCGACCAUAUCGUACCCACACAUUUGGGUCCAACGCAAUACACUUCUCUCUCUCUCUCUCACUCUCUCUCUUUCUCGCUCUCGCACUCCAGUUGUCUUACGGGGACACGGAGGCAACGGAGAGAGAGUGCCGAAUACACGCGCAAGAUGGCUGGGAUUCGCUGAAAGUACGAAAAACCACGAAGAAAACACGAGCCGAAAAGGCCAGUGAGGAGGAAAGAGAGCGAGGGAGAGAGAGAGAGAAAAAAAAUAAUUCUCCAUCACAAACGGAGAGACUGGGUAACCCGAAAUCGCGGCCGUUUCGCUGGUCUGCGUCCGGGUCGAGGUUUUAAAUAAGAACAUGACGCUACGUGACCGGGCCCGUCCGUGAAGAGAGAGACACUGGCCGAGGAGUGAAAGGGAAUGUGUGACAUGUUCAUCCAAACUCAGCAGACGAGCAGCGUCAACAGCAGCAGCAGCAACAGCAGCAGCUCCAGCAACAAUACCGCUCAUCAUCACAGUAAAAAGCGCAAGUUGGAUUACAAUGUCAGUCAGCCGGUAAUACAGCACCCGUUGGUCCAAUCGACCGGUGACUACCAGUUCGACAAUAUCGGACUGCAAAGAUACUCCGUGAGCGGUAACAACACCGCUUUUACAACGCUGCACAAUAAUGGGCUGCAGAAAAGUCCAAAUCAACAAACACUGGUGCGAGCAUCGACUAUCAAGCUUCUAGACACGUAUCAGCGCUGUGGUCAGAAGCGGAAAACUUGGUCGAGAGAGGGUAAUGGUGAGGAACUCGCGGUUCAUUCCACGACGAAUCCAACGGGGGGGAACACUGUAGUUCCUCAAGUCAGUACCCAACAUCAGCAACAACAACAACAGCCACAACAACACAAGACAACGACGACGAUGACGUCACACAGCAAACAGGUUGCCAAUACGGGCAACGGGGCUGGCGGUGGCAGCAAUCCACAGGGCGACGGUGAUUACCAAUUGGUCCAGCACGAAGUCCUGUACUCGAUGACCAAUCAGUACGAGGUCCUCGAGUUUCUCGGACGGGGCACUUUUGGACAAGUUGUGAAAUGUUGGAAAAAGGGAACAAACGAAAUCGUGGCUAUCAAAAUUCUCAAGAAUCAUCCAUCGUAUGCACGCCAAGGACAAAUUGAGGUCUCCAUCCUGUCACGUCUCAGUCAGGAAAAUGCGGAUGAGUUCAACUUUGUACGCGCCUACGAAUGUUUUCAACACAAAUCACACACGUGUCUCGUCUUCGAGAUGUUGGAACAAAAUCUUUAUGAUUUUCUGAAGCAGAACAAGUUUUCGCCUCUUCCGCUCAAAUACAUUAGGCCCAUUCUCGGACAAGUUAUUUCAGCCUUAAUCAAACUGAAGCAAUUGGGUUUAAUUCACGCCGAUCUGAAGCCAGAGAAUAUAAUGUUGGUUGACCCCGUUCGUCAGCCAUAUCGCGUCAAAGUAAUCGAUUUCGGGUCCGCCUCUCACGUGUCAAAGGCCGUCUGUAAUACUUACUUGCAAUCGCGUUACUAUCGGGCACCCGAGAUUAUUCUUGGAUUACCAUUUUGCGAGGCGAUUGAUAUGUGGUCGCUCGGAUGUGUCGUGGCCGAGUUGUUUCUCGGAUGGCCGCUUUAUCCUGGAAGCUCGGAGUACGAUCAAAUUCGGUACAUCAGCCAAACGCAGGGCUUGCCGACUGAACACAUGCUCAACAAUGCCAGCAAAACGACCAAAUUUUUCUACCGAGACACCGACAGUACAUAUCCAUUCUGGAGAUUGAAAACUCCAGAAGAGCAUGAGGCAGAGACCGGUAUAAAAUCCAAAGAAGCUAGAAAGUAUAUAUUCAAUUGUCUGGACGAUAUCGGUCAGGUGAAUGUACCAACGGAUCUCGAGGGUGGUCAGCUUCUUGCUGAGAAAGCCGAUAGAAGAGAAUUCAUCGACCUUCUCAAAAGGAUGCUCACUAUGGACCAGGUAGAGCGCCGCAUUACGCCCGUCGAAGCGCGUGAUCACCUCUUCGUAUCACUCAACCAUCUUGUGGAUUACGCCCAUUGCAACAACGUCAAGGCAUCGGUACAAAUGAUGGAGGUUGCCCGAAGAGCCGGUGACUUCACCGCAAGUCCGGCACAUCAUCAACCACCACCGGCUCCACAACCACCACCACCGACAUCUCUCGUCGCUAAUUUUGUACCCACGACCAACGGUAGCGCAGUUACUUUGACUUUCAACAAUCAAUUGACGAAUCAAGUACAACGGUUAGUCAGAGAACAUCGCACCGCCCAGCCCGGAUAUGACAAUUUGUAUCAGAUAUACAGCAACAGCAGUCGGAGAGCAACGCAAUACAGUGGGUCGUCGAGCGGAUCGAACAGCGGACGAAGUGCUGUUCAUGAUUUUCCGCAUCAGUUGGUGCCCGGAAUUCUGUGUCCACCUCCAGGGUAUCAGACGAUGCCGAGCCCGGCGAAACACGUCGUCGUUGCACAACCUCCACAAGCUCAACAGGCACCGUUGCAAAUUCAACCGUCGAUAAUAUCGCAACAAGCAGUUGUGGCUGCGGCCGCCGCGGCUCAACAGCAAUACGCCGCAGUUCCGGUUUCCAUGGUUGAAACCGGACGGCAAAUGUUACUUACCAAUGCGGUACAAACUUCGUGGCCCGGUGGUAGUAGGCAAAUGGCCGCAAUCGUACCAUCCUGGCAACAAUUGCCACCCCAACAUGCAGCCAUUCAGCAGCCUCUUUUGAGCGACGCUGGUGACUGGGGUAGACCUCUCAUCGUAGAUAGUUCCGCGAUCCUGCAGCGGCCGGUGUUCCCCGUUGCCGAAGUUUAUAACACUGGUGCAUUGGUUGAGCACCCUUCGCAGAGUUGGGGAAAACGGAGCGUAACAAAGCAUCAUCAACAUCAUCUGACAGUACCGCAACAAUCGCAACACAGGCAUGAGCACAAGAAGGAAACUCAACAAUUGAGUCCGGUUAAAAAACGCGUCAAAGAAAGCACACCACCGAGUAGUAUGAGGCGUCAUUCCCCUGUAAACGGACAUUGGCAACAGCAGCCAGUUCAGUCGCAUCACCACAGUGGUAAACACGUCAGUAAUCACAAUGUCGAACAUCAACAAGUGACGUCAGUUCGUCAACAAACCAUCACGAUACACGAUACCCCUUCACCGGCUGUUUCCGUUAUUACUAUCAGCGAUAGUGAGGACGAAACUCCGGGAAAAUGCACUCAAUCGACCCCGAGAAUCGUCCAGAAUUCGCAGACGACACAUUCGAUCAGCAAUCAACAAACUCACAGCAACGGCCAUGCUAAUCCUCAGCACAGUACGACAAGGGCCCAGCGUAAAAACGUCAUUAGUUGCGUAACUGUAGCAGAUAGCGAUGGUGAAGCUAGUCCCGGUAGAGGUCAUGCUCAUUUGUACCAACACCUUCCGCAACAUCAUCCGCAGCCUCAACACACCACACAGCACAUAAAACACGAGCCACAGCUUCAACAUCACAUAAGUAGUUCCGGCUAUUCGUCGCAAUCCCAGAAGAAACGACUUUUGGCGAAAGUACAGUCCGAGUGCAACAUGAUCAACGUGGCAACAAAACCUGAACCGGGAGUCGAGUAUCUUGCGCCUCAUCCGUGCCACGCGCCAGCCUGCAAAGAACCACCGACUUAUCAGGACGACGGCUAUGACAUGCAUGACUACUUGUUACAGUACGUUACAACGAGUAGUUCGCAUCCUCAUCUGCAAGAGCAGCAUAUUGUUUAUACGACUGGGGCAGAAAAGCGCGUAUCAUGGCCAGGCAAACGAGCGGAAUACAAACACGAGUACGUACAACCGCCGGCGGCACACUCGAGGGAUCAUCAAAAGUGGACAGUCGCGAAUCCGGUUCACCAAUACAGGCAGAGCCAGGUGGUGGGUUCGGCGGGUCAUCCGGUACAUAGCCACAGCCACAGCCACCACGGGCACCCGGCUCAUCUGAGUCCCGGAGGUGGAGGUGGCGGUGGCCGAAGUCCCGCUGGUGGACCGGUGGUUGGGGGAGCUCAACACCUGGGUCAACCCCUUUACCAGGAAUACGCUCAUGUCAGAUCGCGGGCACAUCCGGUACCACCGCCUGUUUACGUUACCGCCGCACCCUCGCAGGCUCCAACCGCCAUUCAGCAACAGCAAGUGCCCACCUAUCAGGGAUUCACACCCGGGUGGGUACCUAGACACCUAGUUGAUGCAUGCAUCUCGUCACCACUAACGUUGUAUGAUUCUAGUCGAGCAUUGCCACCACCGGCACAUCAUAGCUCGGCAAGACCACUGCUGGCGAGUCACGCGGCUCACCCACUGCCUGCUCAUAUGCAACCAACAGCAGUCUACGGACUGGCUCCCUUAUCACCGGCUAAACAUCAAUAUCAGUCCUCUGGCUUAUGGUUCACGGAAUAAAUUGAGAAAAUGAACGGUUCUCAUCUCGAGGAAUUUGAAAUAUAACGCGCGCAAAUUUUCAAUUAUUUCAUCGACUCAAAACGGAGCAAAAAGUCAUGAAAAAUGGCUACGUGACAUCCUUUUUGUUUGGGUUUUUUUUAGAGAAAACCAGGAAAGAAAAUAGUCGACGAAGUCCGAGCCUGAACGGUGCUCACGUUGACACUCGACAAUAAGGGAAUCUCCGUGAAGAAAGUGGAAGAACGAAGAAAGAAACACAAAGAACGUAAUUUUUUUACUCCGAGACGAAAAAAUCUCGUUUUCACAUUUUAUCGAGUUACAAAAUUAGCGCAUUGGAACUAAACAAACAAACAUGAAAAAGGGAAAAAAUUUAAAAGCGGAGAAGUUAGGCUAUUUCAACAUUUAUGACACGUUGAAACUUCAAAAAUCCGUCCUACGCAGGGAAAUGUACGUACGUCGCUCUUUCCCUUCGUACUGCCCGUUUCCGAAUUGAAUACACUCACAACCAUACACAGAAGAUAAAAAAAUUGUUUCAGCUCUGCCUGAGGUUUGUUGUGUAUAACCUCAAAGUCGCAUUCCCAAGCAAUGAGACUCUGUUGAACUUGCGAAAUUCCAAUGUCAGAAUCGCAAAAACGGUCGACUCAGACACAUGGUCAAAUAGACCGGAUGAAAUAAUGAGGCGUAGAAUAAAAUACGCUUCUCGAAAGAAUUAAAAAAUAAAGCUGCGAGAAUCGAAAUUACAAGUUAUUUCCAAACGACUGUAUUUUCGCGAAAAAUAUUUGCAAAGUUUAUUGCAAAAAAGCAAAAUGUCGCCUGAAAUCUUAAGUUUUCAAAAUGACUCGCAAUUCAUCCGCGUCUCAAGCUAUAUUUUGCUUUUUUGAAAUAAAUUUUACAACUAUUUUUCUCGGAGUUACAGUUGUUUGAAAACAGCCUGAAAAUUCGAUGCUCCCAGCUUUAUCCUUUAAUUCUUUCGAGUAGUGUGUUGAGGUUCUAAUUUUCGCAUUUUUUUCAUACCACGUUCUUGGACUACCCUGACAUCUCGUUUUAUCUUCAAUAACCGUUGGAUCAGGCAGAAAUUAUUGAAAAUAUUCACACGAACAUAGUGUGAUGUAUGAAUAUUUUCUUUUACUCCUACGGUUGCGACACUAAAUCAAAAAGUGGUGGAAACAAAUGUUUCGGUUCAACUGGAGUGUUGAUUGAUUGGACGAAUUAUGUUUUAAGCAUGGACGCUCGUCAGUUCUAUUUGAAUAGAUACGGAAGGAAGGUGAAAUGUAGAUACUCAGGUCCAAGCGUAUCGGCAAAAAAAUUUUCACACGAUACUUUUGAUCUAAUUAUUCAGUUGAGUUUCUAGUUUAUCAACUAGAACUAACAUUAUCAAAAAACAUAAUGAAAUAUUGUAUAUAACAUAGAACUCGUAUUGCCCAUUAUGAGGUUUGUGCAUAAAAGAAAGAAAAAAUAACAGGAAAGAUAGGGAAAUAGUGGAUUUAUAUUCGAUAUCACGAAUGUAUAUGGAAUUUCUUACAAUCAAGAUGACAUUGACGUGAAAAAAAAUUAUUCGUAACAUAACCUAUAUAUUUAUCAUUUUACGAUUAUUCGUAUUUUAUAUUUUGUGUUUAACUCCACUGCUCAUUAAUAAUUCUUAUUGUAUACGUCAUUCAUUUCACCCCCGCGUCUUUCAUGAUUCGUGUUUCUUCCCUGGUAAAUUGUACAUAUUAGAAGGAAAAAAGGGAUUGUAAGAGAUUUUUCGUUACUUGUGACGAAUCCAUUACCAUACGGAAUGUUUUUCAAAUAUUUUCGAUAGCUUAGGAAUUUUGCGUAAAAUAUUCACCAAGAUUCCUCAGCUUACUAGCAUGAGGAUAUUGUUUUGUUUUUGUAUUCGUUAAGGGGUAUUUCGUAGUGCAUUGGGUCUGAACGAGGGGUUUUUAGUGUAAAGGCCUUUUUUUCAAAAUUCGUUGCGUGCUGUGUGAUUUUUUUCCAAUUUAUUAUAACUCUGAGCAAACCCAUUAAAUAAUAAAUAGAUUGCAACUUUCGAAAUGCAGUGGAUGUAUUUCAACAGAAAGGUGGAUUUUGAGAAACAUUUAAAUAGUUUUUGUACAGGAAAUAUUUUUCAUCGAUUCUCUUUCAUCGCUUACACGGAAUUUCCGGAAACGAAGAAAUAAUUGACAUUCAGUCCAGUUUAAAAUCCAAUCAAUAUGGUGAAACAUUGUCGUUUCAAGUAAAUUUAUUGUUCACUGUCUUGUUAUCUUUGCAAAGAAACUCAGUCAGUGGAAUGUAAUAAUUCUUUUAUUAAUUGAUAGUUAUCGAUUGCUUUAUUGUCCCUGAACAAAAAUCAUUGAAUCGAGAAAACUUAUCUACAAACAAAGAUUAGAACACGUUUCUUAAUCUACACUUGCACUGCAUCCACUAGCUGGUUCUUGAGAAAAGACAAAAAGUAUUUGUUAACUUACGAAAAACAUUAUGUGUGUAUAUUUCCUCCAUUUAUAUUAGUAUCAUCAAGGUUAUUAUUGCUAUUAUCGGUGUAUUGCGAAUAUCGGUAUUUUUAUCAUUAUCAUUUCUUAUCAAUUAUUUCAUAAGAGUGAUCUACCUUAUUUGCAAAUACAAAUAUAGUUUUUACCACAUGGUUUAAGAUAUUAUUAUUGCGACACAUGAUGGUUCAUAAAAAAAAUAGUAAGAAUUGAACGAUAAAGGUAGGGUUAAAUAUUUGAAAUGUUUGCGUCGUUAUAUGUUUUGUCAGGGUUUGUUCUUUCCCAUAACGAAAAAGAAAAAAUUGAAAUCAAUGGUAGAGUACGAGAUAAAAGUAUGAAGUAAAAAAUACAUCACAUAACUUUUACGAAAUAAUUGAUAGUAGGGGGAAUAUUUGAAAGAAAAAAAUCGAGAUGUAUUCGUUUGCGAACCUUUUACUUUCUGGACGUGUGUACAUAUAUCGAAAAAAAAUUUGGUAUCCAGGAAGUGUUUUUUAAAUAAAUUUUUGGGCUGGUUCGUACAUCUCUAUUAAUGUUGUAAUUUUUUCGGGAAUGUGUGGUUUUGUCAUAACAUCCAUUGUCGGAUUACGAAAGUAAUAAUAAUUGCCCGUCGCGCGUUCUCAGUCGGAGAGUAAAACGCAACAAUCCCCAAUGAAAUAUCAUGAGAAAGAAAACAGAAAGAACGGUAAAUCGUGCAUAAAUGUAAAUAAUCUUUUAUUUCGUCGCAAUAGUUUUUAUCAAUACCUCAUUUUGUUACCGAAUCAUGUUCUUCCUCACGAAAUGGCAAAUCAUCGCAGAAUAUUCAAAGAAAAUAUGAAAAAUCAAUGUUACGUUAAACGAGAAUGACUUUUUGCGCAUUAAGUAGUAACCACCGCCCAUUCUUACGUUCCUCUGUGAGUAUUCGUGGCUUUUUUUUGUGUACAUAUGAAAAUAAUUGACCCGAAUAACCCGAAAAAUUAAUUUUCCUCAGCAUGAACAUGAAAAUUUUUUGGGGAUUGCUUGCUGAAAAGAAAUCUCGUUCCUUCUAAGAAUCUGCUCUUAUAGUUCUGGAAUUUUUAUCAUGAGUUUUAUAAACGGUUCUAGUUGCCGGCUAAAAUCUUCGAAAUAUAGGAAAGCAGCAACAGUCGCAUUUGAUUUUUUCUGUUUUCCUUGUUGCGUCGCGACACCCGGUCAACUUUCCUUUUGGAGUAUGAAACCACGCGGCGACUGCAUGUGCGAGCUCUUACAAAAUAAUCGAUAAAAAUUUAAGACACGAAAAGUCCUUUCUUAGUUAACAACUCGUGCUCAUUUCUGAAUCAAGGCGUCCCAAUGAACAACACACAUUUACGAAAAAUAAAAGAGGAACAAUUUUCAAUUUAGGUGUCCGUGAAAAACGGAGUUUUAAGGGAUGAAUAGCGCGUUGUUAAUUAUAUUCGCUACGUUAUACAUGAUAAUUGAACGUAUCAAACCCGCGAUAAGUACGGGAGUAGAGUGGUAAACAUUUGUGUUAUUCCUUUUUUAGCCAUUCUCCAGCCUUUUUAAAACAUUCGAGUAGAAGGCGAAUAUCUAUCAACGUGUUAGCAAACGAUACAAGUAAAGAAAAAAACUUUGUACAAAUUUAUCGUUUGCGUCCUACGGUCAAUAACUUCCUCGGAGGAGACUCAAUCAAAUCAAUGUGCGUUCUCACCUCCUGGGUCGUUCAUGAAUAACGACUUAGCGAAGAAGAGAAAAUAAUAUUAACGAGGGGUCCCCAGUAACGCGUUUUCCGAGGAGACUAACGUGUUUCCCUUUUGUUUUUGAGGCCCAGCUCCUCGUUUCCAAAGACUAUUGCAAGGAAAAGUCCGGGAAUUGAACGUUUAUUGACGAGGACGUAUAACGCGUGACCUACUAACGACACGUAUAUCGUUUAUGACAUUAUUAUCAUUGCUAUGAUUGCUGUGAAAUAAAGGGAAAAGGUGAAUAUUUAACCAAGUCGAUGUGCCUGUUUGACGACUAAUCGUAAUAAAUAUAUAUCUAUAUGUAUAUACUGUAAUACUGAAUACCCAUAAGCACACUCAUAUAUGGAGAGCCGGGAGCAAAGUGAACUAGUUUUGUGCUUACCCACGAGGCUUGCUCCACUUUCAUUCUUAUUGUCUCAAAUAUAUAAAUAAAUUACUUAAGAUCUGGGUAUGAAAAUAAAAUAAAUGAGACAUAUUAAUAGGCGAGAACAAAAAACGUGCACGGUAGUACGUUCUAAUGAAUCCUUUGAAUAACGCAACAAAAGUUCGAGUAUAAACGCAUGAAACGUAAGAGAAGAGGAAAUAGAAGUACUGAAUGGGACUUUUGUACAUCAAAAUUACAAUUUCCUCGCGUGUUUAUGUCUAUAUGUAUAUAAAUGUAUGCGUACGCCGCGCCUCCACAGAUAUGUUUGUAGAAUUUGUAAAAACAACGAUCGACGAUAAUUAUCUGUAUUUACCUUGACGCGAUGCAUCGAGUCGUUUUUUCAUUUCGACCCCAGUUUAUGGCUUCGAUUAUUCCUACGACUAGUUCUUUUAUCACACGAAUUUGAAGCUCGAUUUUUUUUCCGAUAAAAGGAAAAUUGAAAUUUGACCGAUCGUACCUACACCGUACUUUCAGCAUUCAUUUUCGGACUCGCUCUAAUUGUUUAGUAUGAAAAAUACGUCCAAUGAUGUUUUCUAAAACAACGAUUUAACGAUUUGAUCCGCUAUGAAUUGUAAUGCACGAAUUAUAUUUCGCGUACAAUUAUAAUAUGUGUCUGGACAAAUAGGAAUUUGUCACAGUGUAUCCUAUUUGUACAAAUAUGUUUCGAUUUAUUGUGAAGAAACGAAAAUAUGUAUUUUUCCACAUAAAUUUAUUUGUAAAUGUCAUUAAAAUAAAUAAUAUUGGAUAAUGCCUAA